AUGAUCGGGGAAAAAGAUAUCCCGAUUUGUCCUCUUUCAAUUGGUACAUUUGAUGGUGAAGAUAGCAUCUUCAAUGAUCUCAUCGAGACUUCAACUGCUGCAUCAACCAAGAUAAACGUAUCAAUCGACGCCAGUCUAUGUCAAACUGUUCAAUUAGAUUCAUCUGUUGAAGAUGGUUUUCCAUCAGCAACUCGUACAUUAACAACUACUUCUCGUGAUCCACACUUACUUUCAUCAUCAUCAACUGAUAAUAUUAAUGCAUGUCAUGUUAAAGAUCAAUCAUUAUUAACAACUGAAAAUCAUCCAUUUGACUCAUAUUUAUUUGGUGCAAGAUCGAGUUCUAUUGUUGUUGAUAAUCAACAUCAUCAUUUAUCAUUAACACAACAAUCGAUUGAUGAAAAUGACAAGCAAAUACCAACGUGA